AUGAUCAAGAUCAAGGAGGCGAAGCCUCUCAGCAGUGAAAUUCCAUACCGAUCAGUAGUUGGCAGUUUGCUGUACUUGGCGAUGGGGACUCGACCAGAUAUUGCUUACGCAGUGAGUUUGAUGUCUCGAAAGCUGAACAAUCCUACAGAGAUUGAUUGGGAAAUCGUACAGACAACAUUAAGGUAUCUUUGCAGUACCAUAGGACACGGCAUUGUGUACAGCAAUGAAGACGAUAGAAGUUUGAUGUUGUUUAGUGAUGCAUAUAACAUUAGCUGUGCAGAAACACGCAGGUCUCGAAUAGGUGUUAUUUCUUUCUAUGGUGGAGGUGCAAUUACGUGGCGAAGCAAGCUACAGGAGGCCAUAUCCCAUUCAACGACAGAGGCAGAGUUCAUGGCAGCAGCUGAUGCUACAAAAGACCUGAUAUGGUUGAAGAGCUUGUUCAAUGAGAUAGCUAAUAUUGUCUAA